AUGCAUACCUUUUUCAUAGUUUCCCUUCCAGUCUAUUCAGUUGCUAUCGUUGCAUUAUUGAAAAUUAAGUCCUCCUAUUUUGAGAAGUACAAGUUGUUCUUGAUAUGGCAUACGUUGAUAAAUUUUUCCAUCGAAAUCCUCAAUUCCUGGUUUCUAAACCCAGUUGUUCAUUCACCUCUCCCGAUUCUCAGAUUCACUGGAAUCUUUUCUCAACUAGGCUUUACAGGCCUCUUCCAAUUUUUUGUAAUUGGAACCAUGAUAUAUCAAACUGCAUACUCGAUUUCUGAAAUGUUCCUCUUUCGUUUCCGCGCUAGCAUGAUUGACUACAAAUCGAAAGUUUUCUAUACUUAUCUCAGAGCUAAUAUUUACAUCUACCGGCUAACCAUAACAUGUUUCCUUAUUCUAAAUAUCGGUACCUAUAACAUCGCUCUGGAUCAGCAAGAAUCCAACAGACAGAAUAUGAUGCGAAAUUAUCCAGAUUCUGCAAUCGAGAUAACAUGUCCUAAUGUGAUUGUGGCUGCUCCACUCGGUGAUUUAAUUACUUUUUACAACAUGCUCAUUUGGCUAAUUAUUGUCACUAUCACACUAACUUCCACAUUUGCAACUACAAUCUAUCUACGAAAAAACUUGAAGAAGAAUUCUCAUUUAUCAGCGACUGUUGUGAGAACGCAGAAAAUGUUAUUGUUCAGCUUAACCGUUCAAACAGCAAUCCAUUGUAUAAUGUUAGGUAUACCAAACGCUAUGUUUAUAGUUGCCGCAUUUGUUGGAGUUCGAAGCGAAAGUGAGAUGUUGAAAUGUGGCAAAUUGAAUGGAAAAACAGAAAAUGGAUCAAAAGGAAAUAGUUCCACUUCCACUAUUUUUUCGGUUAACAAGUGGAGAGUCGCCAUGAUUCUCGAUUGA